CGUGCGCAAGGGUUUAAUUGGUUGCGUGCUGCGUCACCUCAAGUCACCGGCCGAAAAAACGUCGCUCGACCGGCGAACCUUGGCCGACGGUACACUAGCAGUAUUCGCUUGAGCAUGCGCUCGUCGCAACGCGAUGAAACACUUUGGAGUACGCAAGAUCGCACGUGGCUGUACUGGCAGCUACGUCCGGACGGAAUGUCUGGAAGUCGUAGUAACAACUCUGCUGGACAGUGCGGACGUGAAGUAUGUACUGCCUUCGAUCGUCGAACUGCGCCAAACAAAAGUAUCACGUCUACGGACGCCCACCUGAACGGGGCUGGCAAGUACCGCAUCGCUUUCAGGACGACUCGGUUUAUUUUCGAGGGUAACCAAGCCGCGGUGUUUGUUGCGCAUGCAACCCCCGCUGUUCGACGGACUAAGCUUCCUGCUUUACGGCGAGAGCAGCACUGCUGCUCGAACCCUCAUCUCGUGAUUAUGCAUCGUCCCUUCCACGAGUUUACCGCUCCGCGACCGCUGUUCGAUAGCAUGUAGCAUAGCAGCAGCCCAUAUCGUCAAAUAUGUCCGAGAGGUACAUUGUAGCGAAAUCGAUUGCUGUGUGGAGUCAGAAGUGCGUCAACGGGACCUCCUCGCUUCUCCAACAGCGCG